AUGCUCAUAUUUUCAUUGCUUAUUUCGAUAGCGAUAGCUUGCAAGUAAUAAAAUCGGAAUAACUUAGAUCAAUAAGUGAAUCGGAAUCUAUAAAUUUAGAGAAUGGAAAGAAAUAAGAAUUAUGUUUUAAGGUGAAUACCAAUCUGCCAACCAUAGUUUAAUUAGUUAAAUAUGAGGAUGAAGGUUCCAAGAAGAAAAAGAAAAAGGGAAAGAGUAACAAAGACGAGGAUGAGGAGGAUGAAAAUAUAUUCAUUUACGGUAUUUGUAGUGUUUAAUAAAAUCUAGAGGAAGUUGGUUUAGGAUAGUGUAAAUUAAAAUAAGGACAGAGAGUUUGUUAUUUUGAAAAAGGUAAGGAUAGAUUAGAAGUCGAUCUGAAAUGUACUAAGGGGCCAUGCAAAUUCAAUGUGAUUGUUAUGCAAGAAGAACCUAAGUAAUUGCAGAUUGGAAAACAAUAAAAAUCUAAAUUAAAAUUAUUAAAAAUAGCAUCGAGUUCUAAUUAUAGAGUAGUCUAUUCAAUUAAAUGUAACAAUUGUGUCAUGAAAAUUGUUGAUGCAGAUCUCUGGUUUUAUGGGGACGAACCAACUAUUAUGCAAAGUGACACAAGAUUCAUAGCCGCAUUUUAUGAUGGCAUAGAGAGUGAAACAACCAUGAUUUUAAUUGGUGAUCAGGAAUUUGAAAUUGAAAGAUUUGAAUAUGUGAAAUAACAGAAUUUGAAUCUUAAUUAAGUAAUGGUCGAUGCCAUUGAAAAAUCAAAAAAGAAUGAAUAUCUAAUUUAAGGUGUAAAAGUUGUUAAACUUAAAUCUCAUACUCAUGACAUCUUGAAAAUUAAAGUUAGGAAUCAAGAUGGGGAUAUCAUUAUAGAUUAGACUCUUAAUACAUUUUAACAUAAAAAUUAUAAUUUAUUGUGGAAUGAAGAUUUCUCCAGUUUAGAAUUGAGUUCAAGCAAUAAAAUAAGUUAUUAGAUAGAAGUUAUAGAAAAACCUGAUAUUAUCUCUGUUGAAAGUAAUGAUUUAGCUAUAGGACAGUAAUAUGGAAUUGUUAAUUACAAGUUGAAACUACUUGAAAUAGAAGACAAUCAUUUCACUGUAUCAGCAGAUAGUUCAGAUGAUAUUUCAGUUUCGGUCAAGCCAUGUAAAGGCAGCAAAUGUGAAGCUAUUGAAAAGAUUAAGAAUGGAGAAUCCUUUCAAUCUGUACCAUAAAAUUGUGAUAAUCCAGAUAAGGACAAUUAUUGUUGGUAUGUGAUUGCUGUGGAAACAUAUGGCAUAUAUAGUCUUAACAUCAAUGACAAUAAUGAAGCCAAAAUUUUAUAAGAGAAUCAACUGAUUAAUUCGGAGAUCGAUGAAGAGGAGAAACAUCAUUUCAAAUUCAAUUUAGCAAAUUCAUAAAAUUAUAGUUCAGUCAUUUUUAGAGUCACUUCUGAAAAUGUAUAAAUUCUAGUAAGUAGAUCAUCUAAGUGUUAAUUGGUUAAUUGGAAAUGCUAUGAAUAUAGUGGAACCAGCGACUAACCAAUUACUUUGAGUGAUUCUCAAAUAAAAGAUGGUUAAUAUUCAAUCACAAUUGAAGGAAUGGAAUUAGCAAAGUAUGGGUUGAUCAUUGAAACCCAUCCUAAGGAUAAGAUCAAUGUUGUCAAUAUCAAAAAAGGGUCGAUUUAUAAAUCAUCAAUCAAUUCUAAUUAAAAGAAAUAAUGUUUUAAAUAUGAACAGACUACUAAAGGAGUCUUAACUCUUUUAGUCCAUGGACCCAAUCAGAAACUAGUUAGUUAUGCGAAUAUUGACACUGAUGAAGAAAUUCCAACCAAAGGUGAUAAUGAUGUAAUUACAGGAAAUUCAGCCUUGCAAUUAGUUAGUGAUAAAUUCAUAGCUUGUGUUGAAAUCUAAGAUUAGUAUAAUUAAGAUGUUAAAAAUGUCACAGAUUAUAAUGACAUCAAAUUUUCACUUAUUUUAUAUGAUGCUUAAUCUGUCAUCAAUUUAGAAUUCAAUUCAGCCUACUAUGGAUAAGUAGCAUUUACAGAAUAGUAAAGAUUCUCAUUUUUGAGUUACUUCGAUGAAGAUGUUGUUUAUAUCACCAAGAAUAUCCUAUCAAGUGGAGAUGUCAAUAAGGACUUACAAGUGUACAUUGGUAAUAUGUUAUAUGAGAAUUUGGAUUAAUAUGAAUACAAGUUCUUUGAUAAUGAAGUCAGCACAUAUUCACUCUCAAGUGAAAAAAUGAAGAAAUUGUGUGAUAUCGAUGAGGAUAGCUCAGUCAGUGUAGAUCAUAGUAGAAUCACUCAUCUUUGUGAAAUAUUUGUUGUUGUCAAAAGUAUAUCCAAGAGUCCAGUCAGAUAUACAUUAACUAUCCAUAAAUAAGAUUUGGCCAUCCAAUUGACUGAUGGAUUACAGCAAUCAUACAAUUUGUAACACAUUGAAGAAUUCAUGCAUUUCUAUUACCAACCUAAUUCUAAGUCUGCUGAUGUGAAUUUAUUUGCAUCUACUUUUUAUGGCAAAUUUGUUUUGCAUAUAAACAUAUGGAAGUAAGACAAUAUCAAACACAAAUCUGAUUGGCCAUUUAUUGAUAAAGAGGAUGAUUCAGAUAUCUCAAGUGGAUCAACAAAUCAAAUACACAGAACCAUUAAAUCAGAUGCCUUAGAUCAAUGUUGGCCUGAUUGUGUGUUAUUGAUAUCUGUUUAAAGUGAAUAGGAUUCUCCAAAAGUUAAUGGUUACAAUUAUAAUUAUAAUGAUCAAUUCCAUAUUAUGAUUAAUCAGGGAAUGUAGGACGCUAUCGAAGGUUAAAAGUAUGAAGUUUCAAUCAAGAGCGAACAGACUGUUUAUUUCACAUUUAAAAAUUUGUAAAAGUUUAGAGAUGAUGCUUAUUUAACAUUUUCAUUAUUGUAAAUCAUUGGUAAUGGUUUCUUCACAAUCAGUGUAAAUGGAGGAGAUAAGUUUGAGUAUCCCAAUUUGUAUGGAAAUUUUGAUUUCCAUGCAGAUGGAUCCUACUUUCAAUUGUCUAAAGAUAAAUUGAAUGAGAAGCUAAAGGAGAAACAGAUUUCGAUUUAGGAUGCCUAUUUGAUUAUCUCAGUUGCAGGAUUAUAAAGUUAUUAUAAUCCCAUCUAAUAAUCCGUUAAGUUAGAAUUCACUAUUUCGUAUAUGAAUAUGGAUUACAUUCAAAUUAUGCAUAGUCAACCUAAUACAAUUCAUGCCAAACUUCAUCAACCCACCAUUGUUUAAUUUUAUAAUUAUCUCAAACAGGAUAUCUUCUUUAAGUUACAUAGAUUUAUAGGAUAUGGAAACAUGUCUGUUUUCAUUUGCAAUCAGUAAAGUAACAUUGCUGAAUGUGUAAAAGACAGUAAUGAUGCAGAAUUCAAAUAUCUAGAUUCAGUUUUGGCAGCUGGAAACGAGAAUUCCUAAAUCUUGAUUUAAGCUAACGAUAAGGAGAAAUUCUGUAUUUAUUGCACAUACAUCAUCAAAAUUGAAUCUUCUGAUAGCGAAUUACAAGGCUAAUUAACUGUGGUGUUGGAUAAUGACUUCGUUAAAUUGCCAGCUGGUGUUUAAUAUAGUGAUUAUGUAGAAAACCAGAGAUCCUCCUAAUUCUCCAUUUCAUAUACUCAAGAUAGCAAAAUUGAAAUAUUUAUCUAAAUAUUUACUGGAGAUCCUAUUGUCUAAUAUUCAUAUAGUUAAGAUAACUUGAAAUCCAGCAAAAUUGUAAAGGCAUAACCAAAUAACAAAUACAUCCACCUUACUGUUCCCAGUCAAAAAGUGUUGGAUGAACUUGAGCAAAUUGCUGAAGAAUUGUACAAUAUCAACAACAAUAAAGAUAAAGAAAAGGAUAAUGAAAUUAGCUUAUUACCAUCUCAUUUUAUUCAUGAUGAAUUAUAUGUAAGAGUGUCUACAGAAUCCAAUGAACCAUGCAACUAUACUAUUUAUUAUACAAGUGAUUAUGUUAAUGGAAAAUUGCAAGAUGGUAGAAUACAUUUAGCCAUUAUUGAACAGAAUAUUACAUUUUUGUAUGAAAAUUAUAACCAAUAGGUUUCAGUACUCAAUCUAUCUCCCCUUAAUUAAACAUCUCUCUAAGAUAUUGAAAUAAAAGUCCUUUAUAUUAAAAAGCAAUCAUUUGAUGAUUUCCACUAUGAAUAUUUAUAAGAUAUACCCAUCAAAACUAGAUUAAUACAUCCUCUCUCCAGCAGUUAUGAAUUGCCAAAAGAUAAUGGAAUCUAUGAAAUUAUCCUGAUAAACAAGAAGUAUAUUGAAAACGCAACAAAUCCUACUUUAUUUAUUGAAAUAAGUGUCUCCACCAAUGACAUAAGAAUCUUACCCAUCUAAAGACAUCAUAGUGGGUACAUCUAACAAAAUGAUAUCGAUUACUUUGAGACUUACUCUCCAGCUGAAGGGUAUCUCGCUGUUGAAAUUUACUCAUGUUCAUCUGAUAUCAAUUUUAGUUUCUCAAAAUCAAAUUUCAAAUCUUUCGUCGAGGAAGAUUAUGACGAAUCUGUCGAUAUUCCAGAAAAGGACUAUCAUGUUGAAAUGAUCUCAGUGGACAAGGGAACUCUCUGGGUUGCCAUCAAAGGAAUCUCCACCACUCCAGCCUAUUAUCAUAUUACCAAUCAUUUCUAUUAAAAUAAAAAAGAAAUACCUUUUGGUAAGAUAUUGGCUGGCAACGAUGGUCAUAUCAAGUGGCAUCUAGAUAAAUAAAAAUCUGAUUCAAUAUAAAUAGAAUUUGAACAUGCCUCUUGUAAUAAAUGCAAUUUGGAGGGAGUCUAAAUUAAUUAUCACAUCUUUAUUGCUCAAGAUGAAAAGAAACUAUAAAUGUUGGGUUAUUGUGGUAAUGAAUAAUUCGAAAGUCAUAAGGCAGAUGAUGAAAAAAUCUUUAAAAAGAGUAUUCAAUCGUAUCGCUUAGCUGAUCACAAUGGAAGCAUUGUUUAUGAAAUCGAAUUUCCAAAUUUAGUUACAUAUGAAUAUGCCUCAGUCGGAGUUUUUGCUACAGUUGAUAAUUUCAUGAAGUACUUACUUAUUUUAAUAAUAGUUCCACUUCUUAAAUUAAAGUAUUUUAUCGAACCAUUCAAGUACCAGUGCCAAAUUAUUUUGCCAAAUUCUUAAAUCAUAAUAGAACAUUCUUUACUUUCUUAAUAGUUGGCAUGAUUUUGUUAAUAGCAUUAUUGACUCUUUGGCUGUGUUAUUACAUUAAACGGUAAAUAAAAUAAUUUAUUUAUACAUAGAUAUAGAAAUACAAAAUAUAAAUUAGACUUUUAAUUAGAGUAAGGAGCAAAAAUUAUUGCCUCCAACAAAUUACCUUAGAAUGACGAUGCUGCAUUCUAAAAUGAUUUCAAAAUGAAAUACUAGACAUUUGAAGAGGAUUGA